AUGAGUAGGAGAGAAAAUCCGGACACUCACACCCAUGAACUUUUCCCGAGUCCCGCCCUACUUCACUCCAUGAAGAAGAAGAGUAUCAUUAUGUUCCUCUGUUUUCUGUGUGUACUCUUGUCUCCCAACUUUGUUUCUGCUAAAUGUAACUGUGUUGAAGAUGAAGAUGGAGAAGGAGACCAUAAAAUGAGCUUGGCUCUUAAAUAUAAACUGGCAGCCCUGGCUUCAAUUCUUGUCGCUGGUGCCAUUGGGGUAUCUUUGCCAAUCAUAGGGAAGAUGGUUCCAGCUCUGCAACCUGAAAAAGAUAUCUUCUUCAUCAUAAAAUCUUUCGCAGCAGGUGUGAUUUUAGCAACUGGGUUCAUUCAUUUGUUACCAGAUACAUUCCAGUGUUUAACCAACCCAAGCCUCAAAGGUAAGGCAUGGGAUUUUCCAUUUAUGGGUUUUAUUUCAAUGAUGGCGACGAUUGGGACUUUGUUAGUGGAUAGUUUGGCCACUGGGUACUACACCAGGUCGAACUUCAAAAGCUCGCAACCAUUGAUAAGAGAUGAGGAAGGAGGAGGUGAACAUGCAGGUGAUGUUCCUUUUCAUACGCAUGCUACUCAUGGCCAUACUCAUGGGUCUGGCUUUGCAUCUGAAGGUUCAGUCUCGUUCAACCUUAUUCGGCAUCGCGUAAUUUCGCAGGUUUUGGAGCUAGGUAUUGUGGUACACUCUGUCAUUAUUGGGAUUUCGUUGGGUGCUUCUCAAAGACCCAAUACUAUAAAGCCUCUGGUUGCAGCCUUGACUUUUCACCAGUUCUUUGAGGGAAUGGGACUUGGUGGAUGCAUCUCCCAGGCAAAAUUCAAGUCAAUGGCUGUUACUAUAAUGGCAAUCUUUUUCUCUCUCACUACACCAGUUGGGAUUGUGUUGGGCAUAGGAAUAACAAAUGUUUAUGACGAGAACAGCCCAACAGCACUAAUUGUUGAAGGUGUUUUCAACUCUGCUUCAGCUGGGAUUUUGAUCUACAUGGCCCUUGUUGAUCUACUCGCAGCUGAUUUCAUGAGCCCCAGGAUGCAAAGCAAUGGAAAGCUUCAGCUAGGGGCCAAUGUCCCACUUCUUAUAGGAGCAGGUUGUAUGUCCCUCUUGGCUAUAUGGGCUUAAGUCGUUGGUUAGCAGUAGAGAAAUCUUUUU